GUUUAUUGGUUAACAUCCGCCAUUUUGUACUGUCGUUUGUUUAGUGACUGGUUCUCUUUCCAGUGAUGCUAUAUAUUUCACCUGAAAAUAUAUAUUGUGAAUUCGCAAGUGGUGUACAAUGUUUUUGCUAGAAACGUUGUUUUUAAAUGUUCUAAAUUAAAUCGUGUGACUUGUCAAUCUGACGUCGGUACAUCACCUCCACCUAUGUGCCGGAUGUGUCCUACAAUCGGUUAGGGCGAUUUUACGUGCCACCUUGAGAGGUGUACGUGUCCCGAUACCUAUGCUGCCAAGAUUAUGAGUGGCAACGGGAAUCAGGUGCCGUUGGCGCCGAAUCAGCGCGGGCCCGGACCAUAUCCAAGGGCGUCAACACCACACAGAGCAGAAUGCUACCACCCAGCAGGCGCCACUGGCCCGGCCUAUAUGCCAAGCACUGCCGGCGGCGCACAGUCCUCGGCGCAAGCGGCGUUACGAGUACCACAGACGCCGCAGCCGUCGGCGCCGCCGGCACCUCAACAGGACAUGUCGAAAUCUACCAUGGCUGGUCAUAACUACGUGACGGCGCCGAACCAGACUCAACAAACGCGCUCGCAGUAUCCCAACUUCCCAUAUAGAGCGAAUCAACAUGGGACUCGGCCAAAUACCCAUCCUAGACAACAGCAGCCAUACCUCCCGGGAGCGGCCGCUACCGCCACAGGACCUGUCAUGUACCACCAUCCCACAUACGUGCUUCCUUCACACAUGGGAAUACCACCAACCUAUCAACAACCACGAUCUAGUGCACAAGGGUACUAUCAAUACAUACCAUCGUACUUACCAGGAUACGCCACCCCCAACCACACUACUCCAUAUUUUUAUACUUCAAACAACCAACAAAUUCCUACGCCAAACUUACCUGCGAACACACCUGGUGCUCGGAGCAACCCUACCACGUUGGUGGGACCGCAGGGCACUCCUGCGACGCCCACCGCUCCCACAGCUUCGAUACCUCCCCCUCAGGCCUCUACCCACAUGCAUCAAACAAUGCCUGGCAUACGUCCAAGUCAGCCAAAACGUCUAAGUCAUAGACUUGCAAUUAUAGACCCUGUUACACAACAAGACAUUUUCUCUGACUUAUAUACUAACGAUAGUCAAUAUUUAAGUGGUGACUCAAGUGAAAGACAGACACCACAACCUGAGCCGACACACAGUAUCGCCGAGGAAUUUACGAGAAGGGUUAAUGAAGUCGCGAAUCAGUCAUCCACUAGUGAAAGUGUUUCAAAAUCGAACUAUGUGACAAAGAACGAAUUGUUGCCACCUACGACAUGCGGUAUUCAACCUCAGUCAAAUGCAAUAACUUCUAUAAAUAAUAAUGUAGUAAAGUCUGACAUAUUAACUAUAAAUGAAAGUAAAAAUAUAGGACCUGAUGUUGCUGUAGAACCUAAUGAAACACCAGUAGUGUCUGCAAUAUCGGAUAGUCCUGUUAUAGUGCCUAAAAUGGCUAUGAAUGUUAAACAACUUCAAAAGAGUAGUGAACAGAAUAUUAGUCAGUCAGUUGUAGACAAAAACCUACCGUCUAAUAAACUACAAAAACAAACUAAAAGUAAACCAGUUGUGCCUCAUAUUGAAGACUUAGAAAAGCCCUCAGAGGUUGUGACAGCCUCUAUUGGAAACAUUGCCAAUGUAAGUGCGGUACCUGCGGCUACAAGCGCACCCUCCGCCGCGCUCGCGUCGUUGCCAGCGCCUACUGCUGCACCUGCGCCUGCACCAGUGCCUGCGUCUACGCCGGCCCUCGUGCCCGCGCCCGCGUUCGUGCCUACGCCUACGCCCGAGGCGGCGCCUGUGCCUUCAUCCGGGCUUGCGUCCGCACCCGCCGUUAUGCCCGUUCCUGCGUUGGCGUCUGCCGCCAACCCUGUCCAAUCUGCGCCUGCGCCUCAGCCUCAAAGGAUACCCAGGGAACGAGUUAAAUCGGAAGAAAAGGACAAAGAUAAAAAUAAGGACAAAGAAAUAUGUCCAGAAAAGGAGUCUGCGCCGGUUUCUAAUAAACCAAACGGCCCAACUCCUUCCAACGUGAUUAGUUCAGUUGAUAAUUUAGUGGAAAUUAUCAACCUGCCAACUAGUCAAACCAGUCAAGCCACUAGUGCAGAAGCAACGAAAAAGCAAGUGACAUCAAAGCAGUUGUCACCUGCUCCAGAGACUGAAAUCUCUUCCGCUGUUGAGACAAAGAGUGAAGUACUGAACAACAGCGAGACACUAUCUGUACCCUCUCCCACUCCACCACUGUUAGCAAGCAUUGAGAAGGCAGCUGCUAAGGAACUGCACACAGUACCAGAAUUAGUUGAAAGCCACGAAACUUCCAGUGCUAUACAGGCACAAGCCAAACUAACUCAAAGCAUAGCUAGUGUACAACGCUAUAAUCCUGAAUCUAAGAUGAAAGAUAUUAAUCUUAAUAAUAAGACUACAGAUGCUGAUACUGCCAAUGGUAAUCCUACUGAUGUAACUAAAACUGAGACUGCUAAAGAAGAUAUCAAUAAAAAUGAAAAAGUUGUAAAGAAUUCUAAGAAUACUAGUAAAAAAUCUGGAAACAAGAUGGCCAAUAAUGAAACUAAUGUAAAAGACGCAGAAUCAUUUGAAAAUGGUAAAGAUGAGACUGAUAACCUUAGUAAUGUAGAAGUAAUGCAGGAAGAACAGUUAUCUAAAAGUGAGGAGACAGUAACCAAGGCAUUAGCAGCUGAGAAAUCUGAGGUUCCUGUAACAUCAUCUGCAGUUGUUCCUAAAUACAAUUACAAUCCUGGACAAUGGUCUCCAUUCAACAAAACAGGGAAGAAAUGCUAUGAUAUUGGAUUACUCAAGCAAAUGAAAGAUGACCCACUUUCAAAGAACAAGCCGAAUGUGCCAUUGUUGGAAGCUUGCAAUGUUAUGAGGACUGCGCCUAUUCAAGAUGCUCUGCCUUUUACGGCUAUCUCCCGAUCUGUGAAUGACUCAAUGUUUCUCCCUCCAUUUGCUAAAAGUUCAGUUACUGGCUCUAGAAGUAAUACUGCAAGGGAUCCAAAGAAGGACGGCAGAAAUAUGGCAGCUGGUGGUAAAGGAAGUGCUAAACUAUCUUCACAACCUAGCAGUAGUGGUGGCCAUAAACCUAUUUAUGUCUCUCUUUCAUUGCGAGAAGAAGUUAAGUUAAAUGAAACAAAGGAUCCAUGGAAACCUCUUAGGUUUAAAAAAGAGAAUAUAGGUGAAGACGAUUUCAAGACUCAAGAAUUAAACAAAAAGUUUAGAGGCAUACUGAACAAACUGACUCCCCAGAAGUUUGAUACUUUAUUGGAGAAAGUAAAAACUCUCGAGAUUAACAAUCAAAAACGUCUGGAAGGUGUCAUCGACCUUGUGUUUGAGAAGGCUAUUGAAGAACCAAAUUUUUCAGAAGCCUAUGCUGCUAUGUGCAAUAAGCUCUCAAUGCUCAAGGUUCCUGCUGACAAUGCAACAAAUCCAGACCAAUGUGUCAAUUUCAGAGCACUUAUCAUUAGUAAAUGUCAAAACCAAUUUGUGACAGAUAAAGUAGAUGAACAAGUCCUGAAACUUGAAAAAGAACUUGCAGAUAGCACUGAUCCCGCAAAAAAGAAGGAGCUUCAGCUGCAAUUGGAAGAAGAGAACAGAAGAGUGAGAAUGAGAUCAGUAGGAAAUGUCAGAUUUAUUGGUGAACUAUACAAACUGAAAAUGUUGACUUCUAAAAUUAUGGUUUACUGUAUGAACUACCUGAUUGACAAAUUAGAAGAAGAAAAGUUGGAGUGUCUAUGCAAAUUGCUUACUACCAUUGGUGAACAAGUUGAAAGUGAAGUAAGAGAUCCACUUGACAAUGUGUUCAAGAAGAUGCAGGAUAUUGUUGAUCGCAAAUCAAACAGCAUCAGUUGCCGUGUCAGAUUUAUGAUCCAAGAUGUGAUUGAGCUCCGUAGAAGAAGAUGGGUGCAGAAGAGUGUGGUUGACUCACAACCUAAAAUGAUGGACCAAAUUCAAAAAGAAGCUGAGCAGCAACAACGUCAUAUUGAGCUAAUGAAUGCUGCACCACCUGGCGGUUUCCGUCGCGAUGAAGGGAGUCGCGGCAAACGUGGUGACAGUCGCAGGCAGAAUGCUAACACGUUCAUGGAAAACAACUGGAAAUCUACGAGGACAAAUUAUACCGUAGACACAUCUAAGCUUAAAGCAGCAGUUACGCAAAAGAAUCAGAAUCUUAAUAAUAUCAAGUUAGCACCAACGAAUACUGCUUGGAACCAGGGUUCGGGCACAAAGAACACUGGUCAAACGGGAAGUAAUUCUAUGAUUAGUCUUACUAAAAAUAUGUACAGUGUCCUAGAAAAUGUACACACUGAUCCUUCAACACUUAGAGGAAGCAAAGAUAUGUCGCCUAGCUACUCUAAGGGUGCUUCAAUUGAACGAUCGACCUUCAACUCUAGGGGAGAUUUCAAUAGCGGUAGUGGCAGCAGAUCUGGUUCGAUGGGCGUAGCUCGGUCGAAUUCUAGCAGUAGAAGUACGAGCGCGGCGCCGCCUUCACCUGCACCUACUGCCGAUACCCCGACCCUAAUCCCGGCUCCUGUCAAGCAAGAACAGCUACCUGAUAACAAGAAGAAGUCCGUCAAGGCCUUGAUCGAUAUGCUACUUAUAAAUCAUGAUGACAAUGAUAUGGCGGCAGAUGUGAAAGAGCUCUUCGCGCCUCAAUAUCACGCUGAUAUGGUUACAGAAAUACUUAAUGUGGCAUUAGAAAAGCCAGCAAAGGAGGUUGCGAUGAUAGCAAAAUCAUUAUUGCAUUUAGUGUCAACAAAUACGAUUGCUGCAGAAAACUUUUUAGCAGGAAUGAAAGAGAUAUUGGAAUUAGCUCCUGAUCUUCACAUUGAUAUACCAAUGUUGUAUGAUUACUUAGGAAAGUUCCUUGCGCCACAAAUUGAAAAGAAGCAUAUCACAUUUGUACAGUUACUUAGGCUUUCUCAAAUGAUUAUUUCAAAUAAUCAAGGACACUUGUUUUUGAAGUCGAUUGUUAAAGAUUUAAAAGAAAGCAUGGGACCUUCAUUUGUAAAAAGCAAAUGGCAAGAGUCUGGUCUUCAGUUAAAGGAAUGGAUGAAUGAAGAUCAGGUGGAGAAGUGGUUAAUAGAUAAUAAAUUUGAAUUCUUGGAGGGUAGUGCUAAUGUUUGUGAAGAAACUAAAAAGAUAUUAACUCCUGCAGAAACACAAAGUAAAUUACUUCAAUUGAUGAAUUCAGACGAAACCUGUGAUUGUAUAAAGGGAUGGGUGCAGGAUAACCUCGGCAAAUCUUCAAACGAAGACUGGUUCAUGCGAGCAAUGAUACAGGCAAUAUGCGAGCAUGCUCUUUUCGGCCCCGAAGGCCGUGACGUGCCUCAUUUUAACCAAGAUCGCAUGAACAAGUAUUCUCGGCUCAUCAACGAGUUUGGAGAGUCUCAGCAGUCCAGGGAAGCCAGUUGUCUAUUCGGUAUACAGCAAUUGAUACACAGGCUAGAGCACCCACAAGGUCUUUCCUUAGAAAUAUUCCAAUAUCUACAUGAACAGUAUAUAAUAUCUCCAGAAGGAUUUAUAUCUUGGGAAGAAUCAGAGUUGGAACCAGAAGGCAAAGGUGUAAUGAUGAAGGCGCUUACGUCGUUCUUCACCAACAUCAAAGAAGCGGAUAACGAGGACUCAUGUAGCGAGGACUGACGCGCGCAGAUAGCUG